AUGAACAUCCUUUCUGUUCUUUCGCCAAACAUCUCUUUUUAUACCACAGCCUUUUACGUUGGAGUUUAUUCUCCACUUGCAGGAAUUAUAUUUCUCGUACUCCGCUACUACUACAGGCGCAAAAACUCGAUUCUUUCUUCAGCUCCUCUUAUUCCUACUAAGAACUUCUGGAUAUCUUACUUUGGUCUCGUUCCUCCACCAGAUGAGAAUGAAACCGUAGAUGAGCUUUCGAAGUUUCUUAUAAGUGUCGGUCAAGACACUCAACAAAGCCCACUAAGUGUGAGCUGGUCAAUCUUUGGAACUCCCCUGGUGAUAGUCAAUUCAUUAAAAGGCAUCAAGGAUGUCCUAGUAUACGGUCAGGUUAAAAGCAAGGUCCAGGGAAGACCAUCUAAUGUACAACGAGGCAAUCUUAUCCGAUUGAUUCAAAAUCAUGUCUUUGGUGGAGAAAACAUCAACAAUUCAACAGGCGAAGGGUGGCGCUGGCGUCGACAUGUUCUUCUUCCACCUUUCCAACCUCGUCAAUUGGUUCCAAAUUUACUUCCAUAUGUCGUCAAAAGAGCCCACGAACUUUUAGAUACGUUUGGAAAGGCUUCGGACCAAGGAACUGCGCUUGAGCUUGAUGGUGUAUUCCAGGAUUUGACUAUGGAUGUCAUCAACUUUUAUCUCUAUGGUCGUAGCGAUCUCAAUUAUGAACUUGUUGGAGGAAAAGAGAAUCUUAAGCAUAUGCAUCACAAACUCGGCCUUGGAUUCCAAUCACUCGAAGCAUGGUUUCCUUUUGGUAUCAAUAAAACAAAAUGGGCCCAACGUGCUUUCGGACCCUCGCGUGAGCAUCUCAAAGAGUUUGUCAAGGAUUCAAUUGUUCUUGCUGUAGAAAAGCAAGCAGAAUAUAAGUCAGAUGGCCAGGAAUUCCAAUCUGUUACGGCUGCUGCACUUUCCAGUGGGAAAUACCAUGAGGAUCAAUUCGACCUCAUUAAUGACUUAUUGUCCCUCACUUUUGCUGGAUAUGACACAACUGCUCACACCCUCGCCUUUUGUUUCUCUGAGCUGGCACGCAACCCUGCCCUCCAAGAAGAACUUUUCCUCCAAGUUCGGGCCGUACUUGGUCCACCUCCCGUGCUCCCUGAGUCAAUUACGGCGGAUAAGCUAGCAAAGAUGCCACUUGUUUCAGCAGUGUACCGCGAAACAUUACGCAAAUACCCUGCUGUUGCAUUUAUUCCCGCCCAUGUCAACUACGACACAAAUGUCGAUGGUGUGGUAGUACCUGCCGAAUCCGAAAUAUGGUGUAAUUUACGUGGUAUCCAGAUGAACCCCAACAUAUUCCCCAACCCGGAUAAGUUUGACCCCUCACGCUGGAUUCGUCCGGGAGACACGAAUGAUACUUUAGGUGGGUUCGACAGCAUGGCGGCCGAUCACACCCGGGAAAGUCCCAUUGUCACACCCGACCAGCAGUACAACUUCCCUGAUCUUUCAUUUACUCUGGGACCUCAUUCUUGUCUCGGAAAAAACAUGGUUAUUCUUGAGCUUCGUACAACAAUUGCAUGCACAAUUAACGAAUUCACUUGCUCCCUCAAAGAAGGCUCUGUCAUUGAUACCAAGAUUGUCCUGACUACUAAGCCUCGCUAUGGUGUCUGGGCUAAUUUCAAGCGAAGAUCGGAGAUACGCAUUUAA